AUGGCCUCGAGGUACAUUCGCCUUUCAUGUUAUGGAAGUAAUGCUGAUCCAAGGAAUGAUGACGAUGAGAUCUCCGCCUCCGUUGCUCUGUCGCUGGUUCCACGAAAGCACAAGUGGGGAGGCUCUGUUCGGGGACACAGAGUAUAUAAACGUGACAGAGCUGGGGCAGACAAAAGAUUAAUGGCUGAUUACUUCGUUCCACGCCCUCUGUUCAACGAGGAUCACUUUAGGAGAAGGUUUCGAAUGAAGCAAGACUUGUUUCUUGAAAUUGUUGAUCGUGUUGCUGCUGCCAAUCCAUACUUCCGAAAGAAACAUGAUUGUGUUGGUGUGGAAGGGUUCACUCCUGUCCACAAGUGCACGGUGUCCAUAAAGAUGCUAGCAAAUGGAGUUCCAGCUGAUUGUUUAGACGAUCAUUUGAAAAUGGGUGAAAGCACUGUCCUGGAAACCUUGAAGAAGUUUGUUGAAACUAUCAUUGAAGUGUUUGGAGAUGAGUGGCUCCGACCUCCAACACAUGAGGAAGUGCAGCACAUUCUGCAGGUGAACAAGUUUUUGGAGGGAGCCUGCCGCCCCUGCCGCCUGCACGACAUCGGGCAGCUCCUCGGGGUGAGCCGGGAGCGGAUCCGGCAGAUCGAGCUGGUCGCGUUCCGGAAGCUGCGGGGCAAGCAGAAGGUGCAGUCGCUGCAGCACUACCUGCAGCCGGCGGAGAGCUGGUAG